UCUCGCGCCGAGGUGGGGGGGUGGCUCCUCGGCCUAUCGCCCCAGCCCGAACGAGAAGCUCCGCCUACCACUUCCAGAGGCCGAGGCGUGCGGGGAAGUCGGGAGUCGCGAGCGGGAGGUCCGGCCUCGCGCGUGGAGGGAACGUUGGCGGGAGAUGGCCGUCUAAUCAGAGAACAAGGUGACGAAAGCGGGUACCACAAUGGCUUUGCAGCUGAUACGCCAUUGCUUCCCUGCAGGACUUUUCACUGUGAGAGGUUCUUUCUAUCCUUGGCUGUGUUCUACUUCCAGAUUGAGGUCCUUUUCAAAGAAACAUUUGGCAAGGCCUAGAAACACGCAUCAUCUCAGGUUUCUGGCCUUGAGACCUUUUAGUUCAUCCCCAGUGGUCUACAAGUUACACAGGAGAGAUCCGAAAGAGACACACUCUGCCACCACCUCUGAAGCAGCCAGCAAUGAGGAAGAGAAAUUUGAUGAUGACGAAGGCUUUGGGUUGUUGUCUCAAAAAUUUUCUUCUAGACAAUUUUUUCACAAAGCUUCUGAAGAAUUUCGCAAUUUGCAACUCAAAAGCCAGGUGGAGGAAGUGGAAGAUGAAGAAUUGGAACCAAAACCCAGACAAGGUCCCAGGAACACUCCGUAUUGGUAUUUCUUGAAGUGCAAGGCAUUGAUAAAGGAAGACAAGCUGGCGGAAGCUUUGAACCUGUUUGACGUACAGAUGCUGAAGGAGGAACGUGUUCGGCCAGAAGAGAGCAACUACACUGUCCUGAUCGGUGGUUGUGGCAGAGCUGGCUAUGUGAAGAAGGCAUUCAGGCUCUAUAACGAUAUGAAGAAGCGAGCCUUGACUCCGACUGACGCCACGUACACAGCCCUGUUUAACGUCUGUGCAGAGUCACCCUGGAAGGACUCGGGCCUGCAACAUGCGCUUCAGCUACGGCAGGAACUACUGAACAAAAGCAUUGAGCUCAACCUAGUCACGUACCAUUCUCUGUUGAAAGUUUGUGCCCACUGUGCAGAUCUCCGGAUGUGCUUUGACAUAUUGAAGGAAAUCGUCCACAAAGGCCAUACGGUCACCACAGAGACUUUCAACUUUCUGCUUAUGGGGUGCAUAAAAGACAAAGAGAAUGGGUUUCGCUAUGCCUUGCAGGUUUGGCAGCAGAUGCUUAAGCUGAACUUAAAACCCGACAGUUACAGCUACAACCUGAUGCUCGGUGCUGCCAGAGACUGCGGCCUUGGUGACCCCCUUGUAGCUUCCAAUUUGUUGCUAAGAACUUCCAAGGAAAGCCCAGCUAUCCUGAGGCUGGAGGCUGGUAAGCAACACCGGAAGGCGAAGGGUCGGCGAGGAAAGGAAGUAGAUGCUGGAGCUGCAAUGCAGUUGGAUGUGGAGAUGUUGGAAAAAUGGGUGUUCCCAGAGGAGGACAGAAAACCUGAGCAGCAAGUCUAUAGCCAAAAAAGCAAACUCAAAAAUGACCAUUGUGCAAAGGCAGAGACUGGCGAUAUCUCCACUUUGCCAGAUUCUGUUACACGCAGGAAUCUGGGGAUCUCUGAUAAAAAACAGAUGGCUCCAGAUGUUACAGAAGCAAACACUAUGUGUUUUUCCAAAGCCUCCUUCAACUUCCCCAACUUGUUGGACUCGCAGCCGCCCAGCGAAAAUGUGAUCUCCUUAGGGACGGUGGCAACCGCCUCCGAUAGACUGGCACUCAUUGGGGACAUGGAGGGUUUCUUAAAGAGAAUGAAGGAUGACGAUGCAGCAUCCAGUAUCAAAACUUUCACACUGCUAGCUGAGCUGGUGCAGCCCAACAGCCAGUCAGAGUCUUCCUUGUUGACUGUGAUGGAGGAGCACAACGUGAAACCAGAUAUAACUUUUUUUAAUACCUUGGUGAGGAAGAAGAGCAAAGGAGGAGAUCUGGAAGGAGCAAAGAGCCUGCUGCCCCUAGUGCUGAAGGAGGGACUUUCUCCCAAUCUACAGACGUUUUGCAACUUGGCAAUAGCCUGCCGCAAAAAAGAGGAUGGACUGCAGUUACUCUCAGACAUGAAGCGUUCUGGAAUAAAUCCCAAUGUACAGAUCUAUGGUGCACUUGUAACUGCAGCUGUGAAGAGACUGGACUAUGCCUACCUCACAGAGAUCCUCGCAGAUAUGAGUAGAAACCGUGUUCCUCCAAAUGAAGUUGUCCUACGCCAGCUGGAGUUUGCAGCCCAGUAUCCUCCUAACUUUGAUAGGUACAAAACAAAGGACUAUUACCUGGAGAGAAUUAAUGGCUUUCGAUCCUACUACUUCCGCUGGCUGAAGUGGAUGGAGGCAGAAGAAACACCACACCCUUGGGCAAAAUACAGAACUCCUAAGCAGCCAGAAAACAAACAUAAUCCAGAAGAUGCACAAAACUACAGCAGCCAGAGGAGGAGGUAGAAAAAUAAAACCAAUGUUAAUACUCCAUAGUGGUGUUGGAAAGUUCAUUUUGCCUUCAUUUUGCCCCAGCAUUCUUGUCCAAAAUAGCUUAAGAAUUUUUUUUACAAAAGAGGGAGUGAAUUUAUAUAUUUCUACUCAGACGCAAGCCCUGCUACGUUCAGUGGGAUUUUCUGCCAAGGAGGUUUUUAUAGCAGUUGUGGGGAACCGUUGAACUUCAACCUCCAUCAUCCCUGGCUAAUAGUGGAAUAUUUGGCAUGCCAAAGGUUCUCCCUUCCUGAUUUAUAGGGUUGCAGACAAAAAUAUUUAAAAAAUGAAGACCUCACAAAUUGAAAUAUGAACUGCUGUAAUAAAAUGUCACUCUUGAUAAAGUUAAUUUUUCAUAUUUUCUGCUCUAAAUGAGACUUAGGGCUUUUUUCUUUAGUUCCAGAAGGGUGCCCAUGCCCCAUAUUUCAUGCAAAUAUGGAAUUUUAUAUUGGAUGCAAGAUUUAGCUUCCUUAUGUCACCUUGGUUUUCAUUAUAAAAACACAAGUUUCUAGGGUGUGAGAUUUUAAAUAUAAGCCUGAAGGAAUAGGCAAUUCCUAUAAAAGUCUUGGUGUACAAGUAAACAGAGAGCUUGAGUUUUAUUGGGAAUUUUAGAAUGAGAGGGAUUGUUCUUCAUCUAACAAGCAGCUAUUUUGCAAACUUGUCCCACUUCAUUGCUAAUUGACAGGCCUUCUCCUAGGGAAGUAUAACAUAUUUAAAGCCACCCUUAUUCCCUCUCCCACCCAAUAUAAAUAAGGUGAUGUAAGUAGUUAUUUAUAUAUCUUGUCCUUGUCUCCAUGCAUAAGAAAUAAGCCCUCCAUUGUUUCAGCUCUUUAGUGGAUUGAUGUAUAAUCUGAAUUAACUCAUGUCUCCCAAUCCAAUACUACUAAGCAUAAUUAUUAAACAACUUUAUCCCCAUGUUUCCAAAUUAUCCCUGGAAAAAGGAGGG